AUGGCGGCGUGCCGGGGCUUCUUCGAGUGCCUGCUCAGGCUGCUCAACUUCAUCCUCACCGUCGCCGGCCUCGCCAUGGUGGGCUACGGGAUCUACCUGCUCGUCGAGUGGAUGAAGAUAUCCAAGGACGGCAGCGGCGCGGGAUUGACGGCGGAGGUGCUCGUCUCCGGCCGGCCGUUGUUGGGGGCUGUCGCUCUCGGUGACAGCUUCCUCGACCAGCUACCCAAAGCAUGGUUUAUCUAUUUGUUCAUUGGUGUUGGUGCUAUCGUCUUCCUCGUGUCUCUGUUUGGCUGCAUUGGAGCAGGGACAAGAAACACCUGCUGUUUGUGUUUCUAUGCUUUCUUGGUCAUAUUGUUGAUCCUUGCUGAAGCUGGAGCUGCUGCAUUCAUCUUCUUUGACCAAAGCUGGAAAGAUGUAAUUCCAGUGGACAAGACACAUAACUUUGAUGUUAUGUAUGACUUUCUGAAGGAAAACUGGGAGAUUGCAAGAUGGGUUGCUCUUGGCGUUGUUGUUUUUGAGGCAGUGCUCUUUCUGUUAGCUCUGGUUGUCAGGGCAAUGAACAAACCUGCUGAGUAUGACAGUGAUGAUGAAAUUAUUGCAAUUGGCCGAAGCCCUACCAUGCGGCAGCCAUUGAUCCAUGCCCAAAAUGUGCCUGCCACUGGUGUUCCUGUCCCAACACUCGAUCAGCGUGCAAGUAGAAAUGAUGCCUGGAGCCAAAGGAUGCGGGAGAAGUAUGGUCUGGACACGAGCCAGUUCACGUACAACCCUUCAGACCCAAGCAGGUACCAGCAGAAUGGCACGGCACAGGCUGAAGAAAGGAGUCGAUGCACUAUAAUGUGA